GCGGAGGCCGGGGGUGGGGGGGGCGGGGUGGAGCCGCCCUCGCGUCUUGGGCGCCCCGCCGCCCGCCGGCACCGUCGACAGGCCGCCAGCCCCCGCGCAGAAGAUCCAUGGAGCGGGACCCCGGAUGCAGCUGUGAACGAGACAAGUGAACACCCCUGUUUUAGUGGUCUGACUCAGGGGGGAAGCGACGCAUUCUCAACAAAGUCUACGGCCGUGUCCCCCGUGAGACUUGGUAUGGUGAGCCCGUAGGGGACUCCGAGCAUGCGGGAAGGCCAGUGGUGUGGAACAUGCCUCCGCCACCCAGUGCUUCUGCUUCCCAGGGCCGCACCCACCCAUGCCCAUGGCCUGCGCGGGCCUGUCGCUCUCCAGCGCCUUUGACAUCCUAGGUGCCGCGGGCCAAGGCAAGCUCCUGCAUCUCAAGCACAAGCUGAAGACCCUGCGGCCGGGCUGCCGGGGGGCGGACCUCCUGCACGCCAUGGUGCUCCUGAAGCUGGGCCAGGAGACGGAGGCCAGGAUCUCCCUGGAGGCGCUGAAGGCGGACGCAGUGGCGCAGCUGGUGGCCCGCCAGUGGGCCGGCAUGGACAGCACCGAGGCCCCAGAGGAGCCCCCAGACUUGUCCUGGGCAGUUGCCCGGGUGUACCACCUGCUCACCGAGGAGAAGCUAUGCCCGGCCACUAUGCGGGACACGGCCUACCGGGCUGCCCUCCAUACUUUCCGCUCCAGGGACGACCACCGGCUCGCUGAGCUCCAGGGAGAGGCCCAGGACCGGUGUGGGUGGGGCAUCAUCGGGGACCCGGGGAGCUUCCAACCCCUUCACUCUGACCUGGGCUGCUUGCCAGCCUCCUCAGCGUCACCCUCGGGCACCCGCAGCCUCCCGCAGCCCAUAGAGCACCUCUCGGGCUGGAGCAGAGGGCGUUCCCUGAGAUCCACCGGCAGUCCCGCCUCCCUGGCCAGCAAUCUGGAAAUCAGCCAGUCGCCCACCCUACCCUUUCUCAGCCAUCCCCGCAGCUGCCAUGGGCCCAGCAAGCUGUGUGACGAGCCCCAGGCCAGCCCGGUGCCCGAUCCUGCCCCCACGGGCUACCAGGAGCCUGAGGAGGUGAGCUGGCCACCAUUGGAAGAGACGAUCAGCCCCCCAUCCAUGGAGACUGCCAGCCCCCCACAGAGGGAGACCGUCAGCCUCUCAUCUGGGGAGAGUGCCAGCCCCCCAUUGGGGGAGACUGACCGCCCCCCAUCCAGGGAGAGUGACAGCUCCCCGGUGCUACCAAGCAGCCCAGUCCCCAGGGUUACUGAACUGGUCCCAGAUGCAAGCCAUGCUGGCCAGCCAGAUGCCCCCAGAGCUCUGGAAAUCAGCACCCACUACCCCGUGGAGUGCACCGAAGAGUUGGGAGGCCCGAAAUCUUCCUCCUUGGCCUCCAGAAACCCUUGCCCUGACAAGGACCAGACCCCACUCCCACUUCCUGUGGAAGAUACUGCUUCCCAGGUGGCCAGCCCACGCCCACCCAUGCCGCCAACCCCGCCCACGUCCUCUCCGGGCCCUCCUCCGUCCACCCUUCCUUCCCCUGGCCUGGCGUUCAGCCCCUGCCCCCCUUCUCCCGAACUGGAGUCAGAGCAGAAAUUCUAUAACUUCGUGGUCCUGCACGUCGCCGCGGAUGAACACAUCGCCCUGCGGGUUCGGGAGAGGCUGGAGGCCCUGGGGGUUCCCGACGGGGCCACCUUCUGCGAAGAUUUCCAGGUGCCCGGGCGGGGUGAGCUGCACUGCUUGCAAGAUGCCAUCGACCACUCGGCCUUCACCGUCCUGCUGCUCACCCCCAGCUUCGACUGCCACCUGGGCCGCCACCAGGCCAGCCAGUCGCUGAUGAGCAGCCUCAUGCAGCACGGGCGGCAAGACUGCGUGAUCCCCUUCCUGCCGCGGGAGAGCUCCCGGGCCCAGCUGAGCCCGCACACGUCCAGCCUGCUCACCAGCCUGGUGUGGCUGGACGAGCACUCCCGGAUCUUUGACAGGAAGGUGGCCAACACCUUCAAGCCGCAGAAGCUACGAGUCCGCAAGGCCCAGUGGAAGAAGGAGCAGGAGGUCCGGGCCCUGCAGGAGCAGUGCCGGCACCUGGAGGGCGAGCGGCAGCAGGUGGCCAAGCUGAACGCCGCCUACUCGGCCUACUUCCAGAGCUGCUGGAGCUGGCAGGAGCAGAUGGAGGCCCUGCGGGCGGCCUUUGGGAGCCACAUGCCAUUUGGGACACAGAUGUCCCCCGGGGGCGCGGGGCCUCUGGGCGCCCCCCCGCCCUUUCCCUCCUGGCCGGGCCACCAGCCACCCCCGGGGCCUGCGUGGGUGGCCGGCUCGCCCGCGUCAGCCUUCCCGCCGCCCCCGGCCUUCCCGCCGCACCCGGCCUUCCCGCCGCACCCCGGCUUCCCACCUCCCGGCCCCGCGCCCCCCCAGAGCCCCGGGCUGCAGCCCCUGAUCAUCCAUCACGCCCAGAUGGUGCAGCUGGGCCUCCACAACCACAUGUGGAACCAGAGAGGGACCCAGGCGCCCGAGGACAAGACGCAAGGGGCAGAGGGACCGGGUGGCGGGCAGGAGGACCCGGACCUUGGGGACACUCCCACCGUUUCCACAGGGGGCAGAGGAGCGUGACGUCGGCCGCCGCUCCGCGGAAACCGUGCAAAGGGGACCCGAUGACUUUCUGGCGCGCACGGUGUCCAGAACUGGACGCGGCAUUUUCGAAUUCUGCCCUGGGUGGUGGUGCGGGGAGCGGGCGGGGGAUGUGGCUACCGUGCUUUAAUUGUGGUAAAUAUUUAUUGAAUGUUUCUGCGGUGCCGAUCUCCUCUGGGAGACGACUUCUGUUCCCAAAAAAGGGAACCCGAGAAGAGGAGCGGGCUUCUUCGCGUGUGAGGCAGGGACCGGUCACAGUGUGCGGUUUCUCGAAUAUCAUUGGCCAGAGCGUAGUCACGUGGUACCUCGGGUGCAAGGGACGUUGGGAAAUGUAGUCUUCUGCUGGGCCAGGCGCUUUGCUUAAAGUUAUGGUUCUAAUACAAGAGAACAGGGAAAGAAAAGACACAGCAUUUAGCACCCACUGCUGUAGCCCCUCUUUUUUGGGCUUCUUUUGGCUGCGGGGUCCUGCUUUGGUAUGUCGUGCCACCCCUCCACCUCUCUUGGCUCAGAUCUGACCACGUGAUCUUGGGCAAAGGCCUUGGGCUCUCCGAGCCUCCAGUUCUCAUCUGAGAAGUGGGUGUGGUGUUUCAAGGUCAGCAGAUCCUGCGCGAGACACUGAAGCUCGCAGUGUAAGUGCUCAUAAACAGCAGGCCUGGAGGGGACGGGGUUAAUCUUUUCUCAGCGUCACAGACCUUUGAGAAAGAAUAGAAUUAACACUUGUUAGGCUUUAAAGAUCUAAGCGUAUUUUAUUUUGUUUUCAUUUUUUAAAGUAAUCUCUGCAUCCAAUGGGGGCUCAGACUCAGGACCCUGAGAUCAAAAGUCACAUGCCCCACCCACUGAGCUAGCCUCCCUCUUCUGAACCUAUUUUAAUCCCCCAAAUUGACCUUUCCCAGGGUAGAAGCUUAUAUUGUUGGGCUCAUUUUAGGGAUAGGGCAAAUGGGCUCAAAGGGGUGAAUUUGACUCCCCACUGGUCACACAGGUCAGAAGUGGAGGAAUUAUAAUUUCCAAGGGAAGGAGUGCAGGAAGGGUGAACUCCAGCCGCCAGGGCCAGGAAAGCUGCCGGCCCCUCCCGCACAACAGGCUCAAUCAUAGUGCUCAAACAUUAACUUGCAAGCCCUUUCCUCCGUUUCCUGAGGCCCCAGAGGGCUGGUGUGGCAGGCCUGGCUGAGUCACCCAUGCCGUCAGAUACUGCUGGUUAUUUUAGCCGCUGACUCAGAUUUUGUUGGGUGUCAGCUUUCUGGAGUCUCUGUGGCACUGAAGUGAAACCCAGGGAGGAGCCUGGGACCGGCUUCCAGGGUGGGCAGAGGUGGGCUGGGUUUGUGGACAGAUGGUUGUCUGAUAGUGGAGGCCAGAGCUAGCUGCAAGUAACUGGAUGAUGGUUGUGAACAGGCCAUUUGUUCAUGUGAACAUUUAUUGAGCGCCUACUGUGUACCCAGAUUGACCCAGGCACUGGAGUGCAGUAGCGGCAAAGGCAGAGGCAAUCUAUCCGUUGCUCUUCUUUUAGUUGGAGGUGGAGGGGAGGGGACAGUGGAUGAGUCAUCACAUGAAAUGAGAUAAUUGAAGUGAAUUGAAAGUGAAGGGAUAUUGGAAGAAAUGAACGGUGAGAAGGAGUGUCCUAGGUGGGAAAACUUUGUCCCGAGUGGCCAGGGAGGGCCUCUCUGAGGAGGUGGUGUUAGAGCCAAGACCCACAGGAAGAGGAGCUGGCCAUGAUGAGACUAGCUUGAGGACCAGGGUGAUUUUCUGGGCAGAGCCAACAGCUGUGCAAAGGUCCUGGGGCAGGACCCGCCUGUCAUGUUAGAGGAACAGCCAGGAUGCCUGUGUGGCUGGAGGAGAAUGAGAGAGGGAGGAGGACAGGGCAGGGAGGGGACGGUAGCAGGUUCCCGCUGGGCCUUGCGGGCCUCUGGGAGGACUUGGGCUUUUCCCUCAGGGAGGUGGUGUCCCUGAAAGGCUGUGGACAUAAGCUGGCAGGAGCUUACUCAAGUGUUCAUCUGCGUCCUCUGGUGACUGCUCUGGGAAGGCCAGGGCCAGAAGUUGGGCCCCGUCCUGAGCCUGGGACCAGAGCAGUGGCAACAGAGCAGGUCCAGGCCAGCCUUGAUGGACCUAGGUGGAGGCAGAGGAAGGACAAAUGGGGACAUUCAGAGCGUGAGUCUUUAUUUCAUCCCUGAGACAUUGUGAGACUUGGGACAAGUCACAGCCCUUUCCUGGGUCUCAUCUUUCCCAUCCAUACACCGAUCUAGUGACUUCAGGUCUGGAACUCCAGUACUUUGGAUGUCCCUGUGUCACUGCAGCAUACUUAAAGGACAGGAAUUUUGAAAGCCCUGCGUUGAGGCUUUGCAUCCUGGCUGAGCUUAUUUUAUCCUCCCAACAGCCCAGGAGCCGGAGACUAUCCUUGUCCCUAGUUUACAGAUGAGGAAACAAAGGCCCAGAGAGGGGAAGUCACUUAUCCAAGGUCACAGAGCACAUAAGUAGCCUCUGGGGGCAGAGGAAGGAGACAGGUGUCUCUACUGGCUUCUAGCCCAUAUGGAGAUUGUGCAGACGGCUCAUUCAUGACCUCUAUUGUUUUCUUUUUAUUCUGUGAAAUAGUCGUGUCCCUCUCCUGGCUCCUGCAUCUGUCUGGGUCAUGGUAGUUUCCCUGGCGCCCAGCGUUUGGUAGUUGCUCUAUAAGUGAAUCCUUUUGAGGAACAGUAUUCAGAGCAUCUGAGGUGGGCAGGCCUAUGCGGGACGCUGGGGUUCACAGGGCAGUGGGUGGAGAGGAUGUGGACUCAUCCCUCUCCGUACCCAAACCACAUUUAUUGAGCUCCUACUGGGUGCAGCCCCUGUGGGCACGGUGGUGACCAUGUGGUCACCAUCCCCCCAAGGUGACCUGAGACAACUCUGUCCUAUUCUCCCAGGACUCCGGGUCAGCUGCCAGAGACAGAAACAGUGACAGGGGAUUAGUCCUGUGAGGGAGAAGUGUAGGGGCCUCUUGAGGCCCAAAGGUGACCGCUGACCAGCCUGGGGGGAUUAAGAGAAGUUUCUGGAAGGAGGAAGUAAGCGGAGCUCUGAGUCGUAUGUUGGAACGAGCCGUGGGCUGGGAAGAGAGUUCCUGGAGGUGUGCACAGCAUGGGCAAAGGCCCAGAGGUGAGAAGGUGGGCUAGGACAACUCCAGGCCCUGCUGUGGGUCCCCAGAGCUGGAGGCUCAGCCUCAAGUCCUGUUGCCCUAGCGCCCCCUGGUGGCCACCAGGCCUGGAGUGUUUCCUGGGAAACCCCCCUGUCCCUGCUAAGACAAACAGCCUCAACGAUAAACAGGGGGGAAUUUUUUGAAAAUUUCCCCUUCUUCAAAAACUGGGAAACACGAAUCAGUAACAGAUGAUUUGUUUUCGGAGGUUCAUAGCUUUGUCCCUGCUUGGAAUGAUUAGAUCUUGUACAAAUGUCCUCCCGCUCUCUGGGCCCAGAGACAGCAGUGCAUUGCCCAGUGUCACCUGGUGCGUGCAUAGCUGCCACCUGGCCCCUGGCAGAACUUGAGGGAUUUUGAGUUGGAAUUUUGCAAAUCUUCUGCAUCUCCCGCACGAACUGGAUGGCCCACCAGAGGGGCAUCUGCCGCAGUCUUCCAGGGCUCCCACCUCUCUGGGGUACAAGCAGGAGUCCUCCUUGCCGCCUCCAAGGCCCGGCUCGAGCUGCACUCCCCACCGCUCCCCCCCCCCCCCCGUCACCUACCUAGUCUGUACGAGCCACAUGGGCCUCAACACACCAGAUGUGGUCCUACCCCAGGACCUUUACAUGGGUGGUUCCCUCUACUUGGAAUGUCCUUCCUCCAGAAGCCUACAUAGUCCCCUCCUCACGUCCUCCAGAUUUUGGCUCAGAUGUAUCCUCUUACUGGAGGCUUCUCUGAGCACCCCAUUUAAAAUCAUUUACAACCUUGUCUACCAGAUCCUCCCAUCCCCCCUGCCUUCCCAAGAGGAUGGGAAUUUUAUCUGUUGAUUUCACUGCUGGACCCCGGUACCUGGCACACAGCAGGUGCUUAAUAAAUGAACUUAAAUCAAUGUGCAAAUCUUUUUAUCUUUAAAAUAACCUCUUUGUUCUGUUUCCCUCCUCCCUGCUGGUGAAUAAAUUGUUCAUUCGCUUUGUCAUCUGUUCAUUGAACAGAUAUAUUAAACAGAUGUUCAUUGAACAGUGUGUAUUGAGCACCUAAUGUAUGCCAGGGAUGAUUUCAGAUUUGGUGGACAAAGUGUUGACUAAAGCAGACCCUGUUUUUGCCCUCACGGGACUCACAGCUCUGUGAGGGAGACAGACACACCACUAGGUGGUUGCAGUCGGGGUGGUCCUGGGUGUGAUGGGGGACGCAGAUGCCACUGUGGGGGCCCUGGGGCUGGGGGCAGUCAUGGGAGACUUCCUGGAGGAAGCAUUCCAAGAAGGUAAGGCUACUGCAGACUGAAGGUAUAGCCUAUGCAAAGACCCCAUGCUGGGAGGUAGUUUGGCGCCCCUGAAGGAUGGGGAGGAGCCCAUCCACCUGAGAACCUGUGUCACAUAUGUGGCCCCCCUUCCCCCCAGAACAGGAUGCCGCGUUUAUUUGCGGAGACCCAGAAGAUGCUGCAGUGCGUAUUCUGCGCCACCAGGGGUCGCCAUGGGAUAGUGAUUCCAGUUCUCCCCUGCCUGGGGCUGGAGAGACGCUGGAGGAGCAGAGACACCCCCCCACCCCACCCCCGCAAACACCCUAAGAGAGUGCCAAGUUUCAGGUCAUGCUGGCAGCCCUCUUUUCCCGCUUAGAGCCUCCGUAACAACAGCCGCCGUAUACAUAUCCCCAUUAACUGGGUCUUCAGAAAUUGUCCAGUCUAAUGCUGUUGGGGAUCUCAGCCCAGAGAGGGCAAACACCUGCUUUAAGUCACACAGCAAGUUCCAUCCCAGCCAGGCCCACACCGUGCCCCCUCUCACCCCCAGCGCUUCUGGGUGGGGAAUCUUUUAUUUUUAGCCUGGCCAGGGGACACGGCCUUUUUAUAGCCCUGGGAGGUGCAAGGGUUUCCGAUUUCCAAGGGAAGUUUAAAAACUUGUUCUCUUCCCAAGAAGAGGAGUUUUCUGACCUCUCAGAGGGGCCUGGCCUCAUCUUCUGUCUUCCCUGCUGCCCCCCUGGAGUCCCUGAGACCCCCUAGUGGGCUCUGUGCAGGCCCCCAUCCUGUGAACCCCGUCCCCCUUCUCCACGGGCACCUGGGUGUUGGCAGCAGGUAGGCUGGGCUCCAGAGCCCUGCUGUCACGCGGGGCCAUCACAUGGAGUCAUCACGCGGGGCCAUCAUGAGCUUGGGCACCCUCCCGGCCAUCCCCCAGCCUUGCUCACCUGCCUCCUGCCCUCUUCUUUGCUUCUUUUCUAUUUCUUGAGUCAUGUAACCGUUUUCUUUAAACUGGCUUUAACACUGACUGCUCCCCCACCUCGCCGGCUUUUAUCUCCUGGAAUUGGACUGUGGUGUUGGCUACACAACCUUGGGACUGUAAAAGCCACGGAACUGCACACUUCAGAACGGUGAAUUCUCUCCCAGUAAAAACUUGUAAUUUGUCUUUAUUUUGGACUGUGGGCCAUUUGCAGUAUUAACACUUCUAAACUCACAUGCUGUCAGUGGUGGGGGGAGGCUAGCUAAGUUUGGCUCCCUAAGACACAUAUUCGAAUAAAUAUAUGAAUACCGG